AUAGAGUAAGGAAUACAAACACAUUGGCAUACUACAACUAGAAGCAAGAACCUUUUAUGUUGUAGUGUAGGGUUUUCUGUUUUUCAUUUGAGCAUUUCAAGCAGCGCUCUCUCUCACACAAUACUUUUUUCAUCAAUACUCUCAUAUAUACAAUUACAAGUUCCAAGAAAGACAAGAGGGCAAGUAGAAAUGGUCAGAGACAAUAGGUACAGCACAUCUUCAAGAGGUGGUGGAAAUGGAGGAGGAGGAGCAGGUGGUGGUGAUGGUGGUGCUGAGUUGAUGAUGAGUAAUAAUACCGUUAAGCCUGCAUGGCUAGAGGGAUUGAUGGCGGAGACAUUCUUUGGUGGUUGUGGGGUCCAUGAGAAUCGCAGGAAGAAUGAGAAGAACAUCUUUUGCUUGCUCUGUUGCCUUAGUAUCUGCCCUCACUGCCUCCCUUCUCAUAGCUCUCACCCUCUCCUCCAGGUGAGGAGAUAUGUUUAUCAUGAUGUUGUUAGACUGGAGGAUCUUGAGAAGCUUAUUGACUGUUCUUAUAUUCAGCCCUAUACUAUAAACAGUGCUAAAGUGAUAUUCUUGAAUCAGAGGCCACAGUCAAGGUCUUGUAAGGGCUCUGCCAAUGUAUGCUUCACUUGUGACAGGAUUCUCCAAGAGCCAUUUCACUUCUGCUCUCUUUCGUGCAAGGUUGAUCACUUGGUGGAACAAGGGGAGGAUCUUUCUGCCAUUCUAUACAGAAUUGAUGAAUGUGAGUUUGCAUUUUCACAAUUAGAAGGAUUAAGAAUGGACAUCUCUGAGAUCAUUGAUGAUGAUGGUCACAAUACCCCUAACUCCAUUCCAGAGGACCACGAUCAAUUCAAACGUUCAUCAUGCUCCAAUGACACCAUGGGCAAUUCUGGAAUUUCAAAGGAAUCUGACGUUGUGAAAAGGAAGAAGAAAGGAAGCGGCUUCCUCCCAGGGUUUGUACUCUCAUUGAGCAGCAGAAGAAAGGGUGCUCCUCAUAGGGCUCCUCUUUCUUGAAUAAUGUUGAGAAAAAUUCACAUUUGAAAAAAAAACAUGGCAAAUCUGAGUUUACUUUUAUAUAUAUAUAUAUAUAUAUAUAUAUAUAUAUAUAUAUAUAUAUAUAUAUAUCAAAGUUUAAUUUGUUUAUCGGGAGUAUUAGGGUCUGUUGGUCGGUAGGGUCUAUUGGUCGGUCGGUCAUGGUUUUCAAACCUAGCGUGGCUAGAGUUUGUGUUUCUUUAUUAAAUUAGUUAAUUAUUAUCCUAAUUUUCAUGUUGCAUUUCCAUUAGUGACCUUAAGUGGUUGUGUAGAGAGGCUGUACUUCAAAGCUAGGCUCUUGACUCCACUAGUUUUGUACGAUGUAAUGGAACUUGCACAGUUGCACACCUUUGUUAUUUGCAUAAUUUUAUUCUAUUCUAAUUUGCUUCCCCUUC